UACAUGCGCCGCUGUCGCAUCACAGCAGAAUGGUUGCAACAGUUAUUUUGCAAGAAGAUCACGCAGACAGGAUUAGAUCCGUCGUUUUGUUUUUGUGCUAUCGAGAGCUGCAUGAAUAUCUGCAGAAGCUAUGCCAGUAACCAGCAGAAUGUGCAAGUAUUUGUUGUAUUUCCACCCUGAUAGGUUGCACUGUUAGCAUUGUGAUAGCAAUGUGGGUAAUGCUAGGACAGAAAUAGCUCAAGGAAACAGCUGCUUGCUCCGGUGUUUGGAGCUGCUUUAUGCACACUAGUUGUCCAGUUUGCAGUUUCUCUGGAAUGCAUCUGUCCAAGAAAUGCUCGGUUUUCAAAGUGGUGCUGAGUGCUCUGCUGAUAGUGGCGCUCCUGCAGCUCAUUUACCUGUCCUUCUUAUCCAAGUUUCACGGUAAUCAGCAGCGGUACCGAUACUCUGAGCUUUUUGGGGGCUCUGGGGGCAAGAAGAAUGGGCACCCCGAGAAAAACUCACGGAAGGAGCGUCUGAGGUUCUCCCUGUCUACUGGAGGGAUCUUUGACAACAGUGGUCAGUACCGGGUGUACAAGAACUUGAUAAAAAGUGAUUUCACCACAAAUCAUAAACCAGGUUCCAUCCCCAGCUCCCAUGUCCUGGCUUUAGCCACACACACAACCAUCAACAACCUGCAUCACCUGGAAUCUCUUGUGGAAAGGUGGCACAACCCUCUCUCUGUGGCCAUAUUCGCACACGGGCAAGAUGUCAAGUUUGCCACAGCUCUGGUUUAUGCUCUCAGCUUCUUCUGCCCCCAGAUUCAGUCUCUGGUGGACUUCCACUUGGUGUGCCUCUCAGGAGAGAUGGCCAGUUUCCCUGAGCAGGACCGUGAGCAUUUUGCAGGGCUUGAAGACUGUGCCUCUGUGUUUUCCAGACUGGAGACGCACAGGGAUAAAUACAAGAACUAUGCCAUCAGUGGAAACGUCUCCUACCCCAACAACCUCCUGCGUAACGUAGCCCGAGGUGGCACAGAGUCCUCCUACAUCCUGGUCAUUGACAUCGACAUGAUGCCGAGCGCUGACCUCCACCAGCAGUUUGAGGCCAUGAUCUUGGGUCGUGAGACAGCGAGUGAUGAGGUUUUUGUGUUGCCUGCCUUUGAGAUCCGCCACGCAAGGAAGAUGCCCGGAAACAAGGCAGAGUUGGUUCAGCUCUACCAGGUCGGUGAGGUCCGGCCGUUUUAUGAAGAGCUGUGUUCUCGCUGUCAGGCCCCCACCAACUACUCGCGGUGGGUCAACAGCCACGUUAGAGGAUCCGAACCCCUGGAAGUUGGCUACACGCUCACCUGGGUUGAUCCCUGGGAGCCUUUCUACAUCGGGCCCCACACUGUGCCCCUCUAUGAUGAGAACUUCAAGCAAUAUGGAUUCAAUCGUAUCAGCCAGGCCUGCGAGCUCCAAGUCGCUGGAUACAAGUUCUCGGUGCUGAGCUCAGCUUUCUUGGUGCACCGGGGAUUCAAGAUCCAGGGGGAGUUUCACGCCAAGAAGGACGAGGAGAACAAACGCAACCGGGUUCUGUUUCGCAGCUUCAAAGAGGGCCUGAAAACAAAAUACCCAUCCUCCAACCGACGCUGCUGAUCCUGUCGUACGUUGUUCUUCUCUACCUUAAAUGAACCAGUUUUUCUUUUAAAUUCUGACGGCAACUCUUGGAUUUAUAUCAAGUAAAACAUUUCUGCUGGUUGGGACAGAAAGAAAGAAGUGAUCAAUCAAGACUGAAAAACUGGCAAGCAACUUUUUGGAAUCAAAAUCCAAAAUGUAUAAUAAUUAGAGGUACACUUUCUAUUUUACAACAUUUUUGAGCUUGUCCAGAUACAAAGAAGAUCUCUACAUAUACUUCGAGAUAUCCUAAGAAACAAAAGUUCUAACCUCAGGUUAUCUACUGUAACAUAACGCAGAUAUACUAUAGCAGAAAAAAAAAUCCAUUGCACUUUAAAUACGGGCAAAGGGUCAAGAAUAUCUUUUUUCUAAGAUAUUUUCGGCUAUUGAGUACUAAUAAUGAAUUGAAACAAAAUGGCAUCGCAAUCUGAUUAUGAGGUAAACUACAAACCCAGUUUUUUAAAGGGCCCAUGUCAUGCUUUUCCGGUUAUUACCCUUCCCCUUGUGUGUUAUGAAGGUUUUUAUGCA